UUGCGUGUGUUUCUCCCUGUCUAUCCACAUUUGUAAUCCGGCUUUCAAGAUGCAAAUAUCUCCAUAUUGUCCAGUUGACACUCCAUCAAACUUUGUAUGACAAAACCAGCCACUUCACCUUUGCGCACCCAGACAACUGCAGCCUAAUUAUGCAUGCUGACAGGGCCGUAGUCACAAUAUACAUUGAGGGGGACAAUUGAAAUUUACCCAUUGAACGGGUCACCUCAGCCAUCAUCACAACAAUUGCCCCCCCUGAGAAAUUUGGCAGGAGCCGCCACUGGAGAAAAGACUAGAUCUGAUGUCAUUGAUUUUACGUCUGAAGUGGUCUGCAAAGUCCUCACAAAGGGCAUUGGUUGUUGUCUUAGGCGAUUUGAUUUGAGAUGUUGACGUAAUAUUUUGUAGUGGACUGUUAGUUUUGAUUUUCUGAUUAUUACGACACGAAUCAAAAUGUCUGAAUCUGCUGACUCUGCUCUACAGGCUGCACAUUCUAGGGACGUGGGGGCGGGGCCAACUGAGCAGUGUGGCGGAAGUGAAGCGCGGGAGAGUGAGGCGGAUGAGAGAGGCAGGAGAUAGAAGAUUGAGAGAUAUAUUGAGAGAGAUUUUGGAAGAUUUGGAGUUGUAUUAGUAUUCGUAUUUAGAGUUUAUUAGUGAGGAGUAGAGGAUGUUGAGGACGUUGAACGUAAGACAAGCCGUGGACUUGUUCUUCGAACUGGAGGAGCAGCAGGGCGAAAUCUGCAUUUCACCGUCAGAGUGGGAGAGUGAAUUUGAGGAUGAAGUUGAGGAUCCGUCCUUUGUGAUUGACGACAAGAGAGAUGAUGAGCAGCCUGGGACAUCUACAGCCCCAGCAACGAGCAGAGGCAGGGGGCGUCAGUGUGGGAGGGAGAAUAGAUGCCGAUCUAGAUCUCCAUGUGGUCAUCCCAGCCACACCACAGCCCUGAGGCCUGGAGAACAGAAAGUGAACCUUAUAGUGCUCCAGGAGUCAGUAGGUUCAUGCCCCACAGACCACCAGGAGCCCAGGUGGACAUGCACCCGCCAUACACACUGAAAGAGCUGUUUCAGCUGUUCUUCUCCACUGCCACCGUGAAGACACUCUGCAAGAACACCAACAAAUAUGCAGCAAUACAGCAGGAAAUGGGGAAGAAAUACAGCUGGGCUGACGUCGAGGUUGAGGAGCUGUAUAAAUUCUUUGGCCUUCUCAUGUACAUGGCAUUGGUGUCACUGCCAAGUCUCCAGGACUACUGGAAACAAAACCACAUCCUGUCUGUGCCGUUUCCAGCCAUGGUCAUGACAAGAGACCGAUUCAGGUCCCUGAGGUGGAACAUCCACCCCAGCAAUCCAGAGGAGAAUGUGAUAAAUGACAGAAAGAAGGGAACACCUGACUUUGACAAGCUCUUCAGGACAAAACCCCUCAUGGAUGAGAUCCGCACUGCGUGCCAGGCUCAUUACCACCCAAGGAAGGAAUUGGCUGUCGACGAGCGAAUGGUGGCAACCAAGGCAAAAACUGGCCUGACCAGUACAUGAAGGACAAGCCAACAAAAUGGGGGAUCAAGCUCUUUGUGUUGGGUGAGUCAAGCAGUGGCUACACUGUCAGUUUCAAAGUGUACAGUGGGAAGUCUAGCUCUGCCAGUGUGCAUGGACUGUCAUAUGCUGCUGUGAUGGACCUCAUUCAGCCGUCAUAUCUUGGGACGGGAUACCAUAUUUAUAUGGACAACUUCUACACCAGUCCCAAGCUGGUCCUUGACUUGGCCAGCAUGAAGUAUGGUGCUUGCGGUACCAACAGGGACAACAGGAAAGGGUGUCUCUGUGGAAGAGGAAAUGCCCUCACCCCAAAGUCUGAGAGAGGUGCUGUGAGGUGGAUCAGGGAGGGCCCCCUGCUGUUUGUGAAGUGGAUGGACACACGGGAGGUGUCUGUGUGCUCCACAAUCCAUCCAGCAUUUUCUGGUGAGGUGGUCCAGAGGAGAGCAAAGGAUGAAGAUGGACACUGGGCAGUGAAGGAGAUUCCGUGGCCUACAACAAGUGCAUGGGUGGGGUUGAUCUUUCCGACCAGCUGAUCGAGUAUUACUCCACCCACUGCAAAACUGCUCGCUGGUACUGGACGCUCUUUUUGCACUUUGUGGACAUUGCAGCAACAAAUGCAUAGAUCAUGCAUUGUGAGAUGAGCAGCAAACAACAGGUGCAGCCCAUGACUCACAAGAACUUUCUUACCCAGCUGGUGUCCGAGCUGUGUGGAGUGGACAAGACGGGGAUUCCAAACAACAGGAGCAAUCAACAUGUUCCUGUUGCCAUCGCCACUGCCACUGAUGCCAGCCAGAAAGCCACUCAAGGCCGCAGGGCAUGCCAACGCUGCCACCAGGUGGACAAAAAGAGGAACCUAACGCCAUGGCGAUGCAAGUCCUGUGAUGUGCCCCUCUGUGUCAUUGAUUUUAUCUUAAUUUGACAUUUAUAUGUUACUUUUGCACUAUUUAGGAACCUCUCACAGUCUGUGAAUGAAAGGCCUGUUAUAUAGUUCUCUGUCUAAUUGUGUACAUAAACUAUUUUGAAGAGAGGCAUGGCCAAAAUGACAAAAAAAAAAAAAAACGCCUAUGGCUUCACCUGGUUUUUGUUGUAAAUAGUUGUAUAUAGCUUAAUUUUAUCUCAGUUAUACUUUUGUAUGUACAUAUUUACAACUUGUGUUUACAAUUUCUACCUUUA